AGUCAGCUUUGGUUCAGCGUCGUGGUGCUACUGACGCUCCUCCACCCCAGAUUGUCCACAUAUUUAUGCCCACUGGGAACCCGGGCCAUCACAGUGCCUGAGAAAUCCAAUAGAGCCUGAAUUGAGAAUCUUAUUUAUAGAUAUUUACUCGGAGAAAGUGAAUGAGUGUAUGAAAAUCUGGUAGUGUUGUGUGGAGUGUUGGGUGAAGCCUGUGUUGAUAAUGCGGUAGCAGGGAAGAACAGGGCGGGCUGAGGUGUUAUUUAGCGCGGCUGUGAUCACCCUGGUGGGGCAGGGAGGGGCAGCAGUGAGGGCAACACUCCCGUACACCCACCUACUACAGUACCUCCUCGCUCUCCUCUCUUAACAUCCGGGAAGUGUACCACAGGAUGACAGGUUAAGGCGGCGGCAGCGUGGGGCAUCAGCUGAAUCUAUCCGUGACAUAACAACAACCUCCAACAAUGACUGAUACCUUUUGAAAGGUUGAUGGUCAGCGUACGGUGGACAUUAAAUCGCAGUAUUAAGAGUCUUAGAGAAGGAAAGGACUACAAAAAACAACUCCAAUGUUGGUCAACCAGAGGUGACAACCACCACUACCUCCUACAGUGUUGAUUACGGCCCCCACACCACCAACGGCCAUCACCACGACUCGCCUGACACAUCAAGACACUCUGUGUCAUCUGCCGGGCAAGAUAGUACACAGUUGGUCUCCCGAAAGCAGACACAACACACUACACAACAGAUAACAACAACAACAAAAGUUAUCCGUGAACUUCACCACAUUGGUCCUGACGGGGAGGUGUUGGACACAUAUCAAGUUGGUGACUACCCGUACGGUCAAGCCCCCCUACAACCCGGCUAUGCCAUGGACUCCUAUCGCCCUCAUUCUCCUGCCAGUGAAGCUGGCUCACGAAGUCGUUAUGAGGGUUACCCACCCACUUCGAAUGCUGGUUAUGAGUAUGACCCAUAUUCCCGAGGACCUCCGGCCCGUCAAGAUUAUCCUUACGACCAAGUCGGGUAUCCACCUCAGACUCAAGCUGGCUACAGUGGCCAUUAUCGGGAUGCUACAGGUGACUCCUCACAGGACGGCCCCCCAGGUACAGCUUCACCGACCACUGAGGAAAGGCGUCUUCAGCAAGGAGGUACUCACCAUCAGGAGAAACCGUCUCAGAAGGACCAAAAGGAUGCCUACAUGUGCGCUUGUAUCCCAACUUCCAGAAGAAUUCCCACGUCUUCCUGUGAGCCCAAAUCUCCUAAUGUCCCUUCGUCAGUAUAUGUCCCAUCGAGUACCUGUGCCUCUCCCUCCGGAAAAUCUAAACAGGAGGAGACAGUUCAACACAUUGCUGGAGCUAAACCUAAAAUGAAACAAAACUCGAAAGGAAAGUUGCCUCUCCGAAAUGUUGAAGGAAGUCUGCCAGCAACGAUGCAAGCUGAAAAAACAAGCUUCUCAGGUCAUAAAUGUGGAGUGCCCUGCCUAGAUGCGAGCCACAGCCUUGACUCCCCUUUCUGGUGUGAAGCAGAGCAUGUGGUAAGUGACCACAGAGGAGGAGCAUCUAUAGUUUAUGGUAAAUGUUCAGGAAGUAUUAAUAAAGUAAGUGAUGGAAACCUCAAGACACAUCACAAACCAAAGACAAAGCCAAAGCCUAAAACCCUUAUGAAAGGCAGAAAAAUAACACGUUCAUUAAGUGCCUCGUGUGUAAGUGUUAGUACAAAUACAGACCCAAGAGACUUCAUGGAAUUGGCUAAGAUAAGUGCCACAUUACCUGUACGCAAGAAGGUCAAGGAGCCAAGUAAGGAAGUGACAGGUGAGUCGGCAAACGUGGAGGUUCAUUGUUCCACCAGUGAUAAGAAAGAAUCACGGCCGGAAGAAAAGCCCAUAUUAAAAAUUGAUGGUGGUGCUGCUCCUACCUCAGGAAAUCCUCUCGAUCGACAAAUAGUUUCACAAAAUACAUUUUCAGAAGAAACUAAAAUGAAGGAUGUGAAGAAUGUCCCUGUAGAGAAAAAAGAUGAGAGUGUGGUAAAAGAAUGUGAAAAGGAGUCGAGUGAAGCUGUCGUGUGUACAGUCAAAGGGAUAGAGAAGUCUGAGAGUUUUAGUGGCGAACGUUGUGCAGGUGAUGGCUGUGAUGACGCCAGCAAGGGAUACAUUGAACUUCCUACGUAUGUUCCCAGUGAGGGCUUUCCAAACCCUCUUAAUUUUAACUACGAGCAUUUUGGUUGCCUAGCAGAACAAGGCUCAUUGCCUGGCCAUCCUUACUGCCCAACAUAUUUUAUGGAAAAUAGUUCAAAGAUAAUGCCAACUGAUAAAUAUUUCUGCAACUAUAAAGGAAUAGUAAGUCCAGAUAACAGAUUGGUUGUAGAUGAUGAGAAAAAGUUUGUUGUCAAUCAAGAGGAAAAUUAUCCCCCUGUAUUAACCAACUUGACAAUUGUGGACAAUUAUACCAAACAACAAACUAAUCCAAUAAAAGUUUUCACUCAGGUAGCAGGACCUACACGUGUUUGUGAACAAGAUAAACUGCUCACUACCUUCAAACCAUUAGUUGCCUCCCCUCUCAUCACAUUCCAAGCAUGUGACAGACCACAGGAUCAAGUGGACUAUCUGUAUCUACCGUCAUAUAAUAACAAAGUCGACAGUUUUCAAAAGCCAGUUGAUGUAAGUGAAGACAGUGGAACUAAUCUGGAGGUCUUAACACCAAACAGUGAAGACUCGAAUAUAGCCCAUCCAGAGUGUUCAUAUCUGGUACCUACGAGCGAACAACACGUCAUUCAACCCUUACAAAGAAAACUGUUAGAUAAAGCGAUCUCGAUAGAAUCAUGUCCAGAUGUUGUCCUCCAGACACUGGAAGGUGAAGCCCAGAACAAAAGCCUCAAGAAGACGGUCACAUUUCUGUUGCCACCCGAACACUGGGACUCCCUCAUCUCUCUAAGGGAAAGUAACAUUGGUGGCUACCCUCAAAGUGGCUAUGCUGAGCUAGAUGGUACGCUGCUCCCUCCCAAUGGUGAGGACCCAUAUAGGAAUACACCUUCACCGAGCAUGCAGGGCAUCCCACAAGAUAGAUAUGAUGGCGGCCUUGAAGGUGACGUCCAUGUUGGGGAUUACCCCGAGGAUAGCAGGUACCCCGGAGCUGAGAGUGGGGGGAUGGUGUACCCUCCCGAUGGAGUGGUGUAUGGGCGGCUGCUGGGUGCCCCCCGCUCACCCUAUACUAUAAAUGGAGGGGUGAGGGCAAGUGCCGAACCUCUUUUACCCUCCCCUGCUAUGUAUGACGAGGAACCUCCCCAUGUACAGCACCCUGCACCUCCCCCACACAUCUCGCCGUCGACCCCUUCCUUGCCACCUCCGCCCAAACAAAAUCACGACAACUAUGCACACCCCAACCUGCUACGUUCUCCCUCAGCAGACAGCAGUGCUCCUAGAGUGCGGUGGCGAGAUCCGGAUCUACACGAGGUUAUAGAUUUCUUGAGCAAUCCUAAUAAUGUGGUAAAAGCCAACGCUGCUGCAUACCUUCAGCAUCUAUGUUAUAUGGACGACACAACCAAGCAAAAGACGCGAAUUCUAGGCGGCAUUCCUCCCCUUGUAGCCCUCCUCACUCACGACCUGCCAGAACUUCACCGUAAUGCUUGUGGGGCUCUUAGAAACUUAUCAUAUGGACGCCAAAACGAUGAAAAUAAACGAGCCAUUAAAGAUGCUCAAGGUAUACCAUCACUAGUUCGACUCUUGCGCAAGACUCCAGACAACGAAAUAAAGGAGCUGGUCACCGGCAUUCUCUGGAAUUUAUCAUCUUGUGAGGACUUGAAGCACAGCAUCAUAGACGAUGCAUUAACAGUUACUGUUACCCACGUCAUCAUUCCAUGCUCAGGCUGGGAUGGGGGAGAAGUAGAACGUGAUCCUAAUGUAGAUGUCUGGUGGUCCACUGUAUUUAAAAAUGCCUCAGGAGUUUUAAGGAAUGUAAGUUCAGCUGGUGAAUAUGCACGAACUAAACUCCGUCAGUGCCUCGGGCUGGUAGAUUCGCUUCUCACAGUAAUUAAGUCUGCCAUCCAGGGGUCUUCCCAUGACAAUAAGAGUGUAGAGAAUUGUGUGUGUAUUCUACGAAACCUCUCCUACCGCUGUCAAGAAGUUGAGGAUCCUAACUACGAUAAGAAUCAACCUCCGACCCAGUCCCGGGCCACUGCUACAGCCAAGGACGGAGAAGGGGAAGGGACGGACACUUGUGGUAGGUCUUCGGAGCCCAAGGACAACCUGUGUGAUAACUUAGGAUGUUUUGGAGGCAGUAGAAAGAAGAAAGAGGCAGUCGGUGGGGCAGUUAAAGAGACGAGCGCCGGGCAGAGGACGACAGGACCUCGCACAGAACCUCUAAGAGGCAUGGAACUUCUCUGGCAACCUGAGGUAGUGGUAGGACCAUAUCUGGCAUUGCUCUCAGACUGUAGCAAUCCAGAGACCUUGGAGGCUGCUGCUGGAGCAUUGCAGAAUCUUGCUGCUUGCUACUGGCAGCCAAGCAUAGAUGUAAGAGCUGCAGUAAGAAAAGAAAAGGGAUUACCUAUUUUAGUAGAAUUGUUGAGAAUGGAGGUUGACAGAGUGGUAUGUGCGGUCGCGACAGCCCUCCGCAACCUGGCCAUCGAUCAGAGAAACAAAGAGCUUAUUGGUAAAUAUGCAAUGAGAGAUUUAGUUCAAAAGUUGCCAUCAGGGAAUACCCAUGAUAGUGGAACCAGCGAUGAAACUAUUGCCGCUGUUUUAGCCACCCUAAACGAGGUGAUAAAGAAGAGUGCAGAAUUCUCCCGUUCACUACUGGACGUUGGGGGUGUAGAGAGGCUGGUUAACAUGACGCGGCAUCGUGGACGUUACUCCGUUAGGGUUGUCAAAUUUGCCUCACAGGUGCUGUUCUCAAUGUGGGGCCAUCAGGAGUUACGUGAAGUGUAUAAGAAAGCGGGCUGGAAGGAGCAAGACUUUGUUAGUAAGAGUGUCGCUGCACGUAAUGCUGCCUCGGGCGGCGCCAAUUCCCCGACUGCCAAUAAUACCCUAAACCGACCCAUGGCAUCCCAAGGUGGUACACGGUAUGAGGAUAGGACCAUUCAAAGGGGACAAGCGAAAGCACAUCAACGAUAUGCACAGGGUCAAGAAUUACCAAUGGCAGAUAUGGGGUACGGCAGCAGCGGCGGGGUGGGCCCUCCAGCCGGCGGGGUAAGACUGUAUCCUCCCGUGCAGGGCAAACCAGGGGAACCAGUAUAUGCCAAGGUGAACAGGGACAAGAAGCGCAACCGACAAUAUGAUGGUCCACAGUACGGAUCGCUGGGCGGAGCCGAUGAUUGGGGUGGACCCGUGUACUCGGGUUCCCCCACUUCAUCUCCCAACUUCAACAACAGUUCAAGUAUGAACAACAACAACAGCAAUACCAGCAACAACAAUGGGGUGCUUCUAGAUAAAGGAGAUGGUCAGGCAGGAGAUUCUUGGGUGUGAACACUCACUUGCUGUGCUGGACUCGUCCCUGCUGCUCGGCUGUACAACGGGGAAGUGGGCCGGCCGUCCGGCUGCCUUUUCCGAGCAUGUCCUGCUGCGCACUUACUUUCCACUGAGGUGCCACACGAGAUUACAAGAUGAUUAUGUUCACUGUUGGAGCUUUCUUCCACAUUCAUUAUCCUGUAACUCAGUGUGACUAAGAACAAGUUACUAAGGGUAAUAAUAAUAAUUACAUUAAUUCAUCUUUUAUGGUGUUAUAAAAAUGGACUUCUGAGUCUGACUGCUGAUGUUUUGUCUGUUAUAUUGAUGUUGACACUCGUUGUGCAUGUUAUGUGAACACUAGUUAGUGACAACUCAGUUCUGUUAAACUUCUUACAUGAUGUGUGACAUUGGGGAGAAGGCAAAGCUCAAUUUGAUAAGCAUCCCUAUGAUAUAUUUUAUAGAAGCACACAAAUGGUGCCAAGAAACUUUAUUACUUUGAUACCUUGUAAAGACAUUAUUGUAUCAAUCAUUACUCAUAGAGUGUUUAUAUACCUAAGCAACAUUUGUCUGCUGAUGGAUGAUUGGAGCAGGUCAUGCUCACGGCUGCUCUUUGUAGACAGUUAAUUUUCUACCGUUUCGUACUGACAAUCCAAAGUGUGACCUUUGUGUUGGUUUGUGGGGAGUCUACCUGGGCUCAUAAUAUUGAUAUGCACACAAAAAUACUAUAGUCUGGACAGUAGUGGUGUGCUUGAUUAUUCCCGAGUGGUGGACCAACAUAUUGGCUGAAAUUUGGCAAGAAUGACUUUGCCAGCACAAAUGAUAGCCAAGUGUUUUAUGAAGUGGACAAGAGUGAACUGAGUGUGUGCCAGAGGACUAUGGAUGGACGGGUAGAGGGUUGCAUGUGAGGCUUUGGUGCAAAGAUAAAGUGUCGCAGUGUUUUAUUCCACAACAAGUGCACUGCUCUUGGUCAUAUUAAUUAUAGUGAAUAGGUUGUUUAUUGAGUAGAGGUUAACAUUUAUUGUAUUGCCGUGCCUCCUGCCGGUCCUAGGAGUCUGAUGCUUUGUAGAAGGUCAAUGUAACCUUAACAAGACCUUCUCCAAAUACCUUUCUACCUCCCUAAUUUCUUCCAGGUUCCCAAACUCUUCUCCCUGGUAGGAACAAGCAGUUAGACAUCUAGUUCCUUUUACCUUUCACAAAGGAAAAUUUUGCUUUGUAUAAUACACAAUCGUAUAGGUUUUAUAAUUACAAACAUUUUAUAAUGUGCACGGGGUCGACUGAAUUUUGAGUAGCUACUGUGCUGUCAUGUGCUUGUGUAAUAUAUCUUGUAAGAUGAAUGGUCAUAAAUGCAACAAACUGUUCUAUAGAUGACACUUAAUCCUAUCUCAAUUCAUUGUGAUCAAUUUAAAAAAUUUUCUUAAGCAAUUCACUUAACGAAUGUCUCAAAACUGCUUUAUAUGGUAAGCCUUUUCAGGAUUUUGUUAAUUUUAAAAAUUUAUUUUUUAGCAUUUUAUCAGACUUGCACGUGCAAUAUUGCAUACUUUUCCAGCGUUGGUUAUUGGUAGCAAAAGUGACACUAGCCAGACUGUGUGAUCCCAGGAACCUUCCUCUGCUAGGGCACCCUACAGUCUUUAUGACAUUCUCAGGCUGCUAUGACUCUUAUGGGUUACCUUGAUGUACACACAUUGAUAUGAAAAUUGUUAAAGAGUUAGACUGUUCAAUCAAAAUGUAGGAUUGUGUGAUGAGAUGCUAUAAUGUUAUAAGGAAGCCCAUGAGUCAGAUCAGCACUGACCAGCUCACUUUAGGUUGUCUCACAUUCCAGGAGUAGUUUAGGUGAUGCACACUCCAAUUCAGAGAGGUAAGUGUUGACACGUGACUUUAAUUUCAAAGUGGCGUGUGACUUGUGGCAGAGGCAGCAGCAGGACACUGGACGGCAGCUAUGAGGAGGUUGUGUUAAACUGUCAUCAUGAAGCCCUACACACUACUAGUGUAUGAACUCAUGUGCUACAUGCCAUAUCCUCAGGGUGAGGCUGACACUUCCUCCUGUUCUACCGGUAUUGUCUAGUGCCAAUCAGACAGCUUGUGUCAACCAGUCUGUCAGCUCAAAUGGGGUGGAUCAACUUGACCCAAAUCCGCCUAUUUUGAAUGGAAAUUUCUGACAUGUUUGUGUAUACUUUCAUUAGCAAAUUUUAGACAGUGUAGUGCAGUUCAUGUCGGAUCAUAUAGCUGGGAAAGCCAGUUGGAAUAUGGGGUCACAAUGUAUCAGUAGACAUCCCAUCUCUUUUUGAUGUUCAUUACAAUCAUGAUGCUUUUUUGUACACUAAAUAUUUUCCUUCUAUGUCCUGUGUAGAGUCUGCUGUUACACUCUUGUCUGAUGAGCAUUUAUUUUUGUUUGUCAGCAUUAUGCAUUUUGCAGAAAAUAUGGCAGUGACAAAGAUGUAAUUGUUAUGCAUAAUUCGCACAGAUCUAUGUUUGUCUUGCCUUGAUGGUUGCUUCUGUUUAUUAUGUUGGUUAAUACAUGCCUUAUUUUAUUUUCACAUGAUUGAGUAUUCAGUAACAAAGGAUUUCUAGUAAAUGAUAUUGUAUUGGGUAUUUAUACAAUAAAGAGAUAAAGUU